AUGGCUUGCGAUAAUCUUCAGGAGGAAAACGAGAAAUUGCGCAAUGACUUGAGCUAUCGAGGACAAGAACAUCGGGAACAGUUAGAAAAUCUGAAACGUCAGCGAAUCUUGCUAGAGGACAAAACGACCCAACUUUUGGCCCAAAAAGAACAGGAGUUGGAGAACACAAAGAAACUCCAACCGGACCAUGAUGUUCUUCACACAGAAAUCUGCAAACUUCGUAGCGAUCUGAGACACAAAACAGAGGAAUAUCAAAAGGAAUUUGAAAAACUGAGGCAGCGUUACGCCCUGCUGAACCAAAAGCGAACUCAGGCAUUGGCUUUGAAGGACCAGCAGUUGGAGAGGGCGCGGACAUUCCUUUCAGAUCAAGACCGUUUAAUUAAACAAAUGCAAGAAGAAAUUGUCCGGCUACGAAAAUCCAACGAAGAACUUACUGGAAAGCUUGCGAAGACCGAAGCCAAUUUGGCUCCUGCUGCCCAAAUUCAUCAAGAGCAGAUCAAGGAGCCCGAAGUAGCUGUGUUUGCACCACCAAGUAUACAGCGACAGGAUAUCGAAGCAGAACCAAACACUCUUCCGGAAACAAAGACAACGAGAAGGGUGUAUGAUCGGCGUGCGCUCAUGAAACUGAAAGACAGCGUUGGGAUCACCAACGUUAAACGUCUGCUAGAUUUAGGUAUUCUUCGUGAUUCACACAGUGCAAAAUCAACCCCGACCAACCAGGGAGUUGAAUUUAUGACUCGUUCUCAUCAUCCGCUGUUACCUGCAACGGAACAUGGUCAACCAAGAAAACGAGAAAUAAGACUGAUGAGUUCACAGGAAGAACCGAGAAAGGCAAACAAUCCCAAUGUUUGGAUACCCAAAAGGCUGUCUGCAAAAUCUGAGGACGGCAACAAGACAUCUAGCGAAGAGAUUUUGAGAACCGUUCGUGGAAUCUUAAAUAAGCUUACACCAUCCAAUUACAAACGCUUAUUAACAAAGAUCCAAGAAAUCAAUAUCGACAGUCAAGAUUGUUUGGCGGGGGUCGUCAGAAUCUUUUUUGUGAAAGCGGUCGAGGAAUCCAUUUUUGCCUCCAUCUACGCAAAAAUGUGUUUGGCACUGUCGACCAAAGACGUUGCAUCUUCAUCCGAUCCUGCGGAAACGGUUAACUUCUGCAAACUGAUCCUGUCCCAUUGCCAGAGGGAGUUUGAAAAGGAUAGUGCGGGAUUAGUCAAAACAGAACAGAAACGACUUGAGUUUGAAAACGCCGAAACAGAAACAGAGAAGCAUAAGUUACAAGAGGAAUUAAAAGAACUCGUUGACAAGAAUAGAAGAACAUCGAUUGGAAACAUUAAAUUCAUUGGCGAACUAUUCAAAGUCAACGUUAUUUCUUCGAACGUUAUGCAUCAAUGCAUUCGAAAGUUACUGAGUCACAAGGAAGACGAAGACUCGAUUGAGUGUCUCUGCAAGUUACUGACCACCAUUGGCAAACAAUUAGAGAGCCCUACACUUCCAAACAAUGAAGUUAGGCCAAAUUUUACCAACGCUCAAAUUAUGACCUCAUACAUCCAAACUUUACAGACCAUAGCUGGUGAGCGGAAAGUAUCUAACCGUAUCUGUUUCAUGAUUCAAGACGUAGUAGAUCUACGCAAAACUGGAUGGAAACCUCGUCGAGCGGAAAACGGACCCAGAACUAUUUAG